AUGACUUCCCUCUACCAACGCGCCCAGCAGAUCGACUCCCUCGCACAAUCCUCCCUCCUCCCGCAAUCCAGCACCGAUCUCUCCCAGGCCCUUUCCCAUGCUCUGGAGAACUCGGCAGCCAACGGCCUCCCACCCAUAACCAUAUCCCCCUUGCAAGGCCAAUACCUGGCGAUCCAAGCGCAGCUGAUCGGCGCAAAGAACGUCCUCGAAGUCGGCACUUUGGGCGGCUACUCGACGCUCUGGUUCCUGUGUGCCGGCGGCGUGCGCGUGACGUCUCUGGAAAUUGACCCGCACCAUCGUGACGUCGCGCUCCAGAACCUCGAGCACGCGGGCUACGAGGACGGCAAGGACUUUGAAGUCAUCCUCGCGCCCGCCCUGGACAGCCUCCCCCGCCUUCUCGCGGAGCAGCAGGACGGCAAAAGGGCCAAGUUUGAUUUGGUCUUCAUCGACGCGAACUGGGACGAGCAGUUCGACUACUUCCAACACGCCGUCCAACUCGCGCGUCCGAACGGGUGCAUUUAUGUCGACAAUGUCGUCCGGGCGAUUCUCGAGGACCCUGAAAGUGAAAAGUAUGAAGCUGGGCAGAAGGAGAGUUUGCCGAUCAAGGUAGGGAAGGACGGCAGAGUAAAGGCCACAAUGGUGAGUGUUGUCAGCAGCCAUAAGGGACGUGCGGGCGAGACCUUUGACGGGUUUCUUUUGGCUGUUGUCAAGGGUUGA